AUGGCUGCAGUACCGACGCGUAACGAUCGUCGAGUCAUCCUCCAUCUGGACUAUGAUUGUUUCUAUGCCUCAGUAUUCGAAGUAGAGCAGCCAGCUCUCAAGUCGCUGCCUCUGGCAGUCCAGCAGAAACAAAUCGUAGUGACGUGCAACUACGAGGCGCGGCGGCGUGGUCUGCACAAGCUCCAGCUCAUCAAGGAUGCUAAACGCAUCUGUCCCGACGUGGUCAUCGUUCUAGGCGAGGACCUGACCAAGUUUCGCGAUGCAUCUAAGGAUCUGUACUCGUUCAUGCGCGGCUUCAUUUGGGGCGGGCGCGUGGAGAGGUUGGGCUUUGAUGAGCUCUCAAUGGAUGUUACGGAGAUGGUUGAUUACAACGUUCAAUUGCUAAAUUCAAAUGACUUGGCGACUUCUUUCUUUCAUUUGGAUCGGAAGGAUCCCACUGUUGGGUUCGUUUACGAUUCUACUCGAUUUUUGGGGGCUACUUAUCCGCCCAUGCAAGAUGGGACUGUGGUGCCGCCAGAGAUCUCAUCGCUGGACAUGAGGCUGCUCCUGGGUUCCCAUCUCAUUGGGUAUCUACGAAGCCGAAUGGAGCAUGAGAAGGGUUUCACGGCCACUGGAGGCGUUUCAACGUCAAAGCUGCUCGCCAAGUUGGUUGGCGCGGUACACAAACCAAACCACCAGACUACGCUCCUUUCACCUUACGAGACGCCAAACGACUCCAAUACCCCAGACAGCAAUGUCACCAAAUUCAUGGAUGCCCACGAGAUUCGAAAGAUUCCGGGUAUCGGAUCACGGCUUGCGCAGAAGCUCAGACUCAAGGUGACAGGCCAGACCACUGGGGAUGAAAAACUGACCGUUCGAGAUGUCCGACUCUUCCCUGGAAUGGAUUCGCCGACUCUAGAAAAGACCCUCGGCGGACCCGGUGCACCAAAGGGAAUCGGGAUGAAGGUCUGGAGCAUCCUGCACGGAGUCGACAACACGGACGUGCUCGAAGCACGCGACUUACCCACCCAGAUCAGUAUCGAGGAUACCUACGGUCGUGGUCGGCUUGACACGAUUGAAAAUGUCCGACGCGAGCUAGAAGUACUGGCGAGGAGUUUGAUCCGACGAAUGAGGGCCGAUCUGCUCGACAAGACUGACAGCACUGCGCCUCAGCCCCGGUGGCUGGCCCACCCACGCACCUUGCGCCUGUCAACUCGCCCACGGAACCCCCCAGAGACGGACGGGGCACGGUCGUACAAUUGGAAUCGCAUUUCCCGGUCGGCGCCACUGCCGAGCUUUGUCUUCCAUGUAGAUGAGAGCAUCGACGCAAUCGCCGAGCGGCUCGUCCACGAGCAUGCAAUGUCCAUGUUCCGCAAACUCCACCCCGAAAAGUCCGGGUGGGACCUGCAACUGAUGAAUAUUGCCGUCACUAAUCUAGUGGAGAGCGCUGGGGAGCAGAAGCAGAGCAGUGGGCGAGACAUUGGGAAGAUGUUCCGUCAGCAAGAGGCUGUGCUGCGGGACUGGAGGAUACAUGAGCCAGAACCAGGGAAUAGCGAGCCAGAUGACAGGGAUCAUCAUACCAAUGAAAACCAAGGCCAAGACCCUUUGCGCGAACAAGAAAUGCAGCAGCCUGGUGGUUGUGCAGUGGUUUCAGAUCGGGAGGACGGGGAAUGGCAAGAAGACGACGAGUCCGAGGGAUUGUGGCGAGGGAGUCUGGCGAAUGUCGAAUGUUCGAUUUGUGGAGCUGCCAUCCCGCAUUUUGCUCUGUUGGCCCAUGAGACAUUUCAUGCGGUGGAGAACGAGGCUGUUUGA